CGUGACGUCGCGCGAGGUCCGGGCGGGGCGAGCGGAGCCGGCGGCCCUCGGGCCCUCCCCCAGCGCUGGAAAGCGCGGGCUGCCCCAAGGGGGCGGCUUGGCUGCUGGCGGUUUGGCAGAUUAGUGAGGGAACAAGCAGAAAAGCGAACGGCCGUCUCUUCCCCGCUCCAGAGCGUGCUCGCGUUCCUGCUGGGGAUUUCGAGAACCUCGAGGCAAUCUUGCCGUAUUUGAACUGGCCAAAGACAACUUCAGACCUGUAUAAUGUAACAGAAAAGGUCAGAAAACAUUAGGCAGUAGAAGCGUGAGCAUAUUAAGUAAGAUGAAUGUCUCGGGAAGCAGUUGUGGAAGCCCUAGUUCUACAGAUGUAUCUAAUGACUUUAAGGAUCUUUGGACAAAACUAAAGGAGUAUCAUGAUAAAGAAGUACAAGGUUUACAAGUAAAAGUAACCAAACUGAAAAAGGAACGAAUUUUAGAUGCACAGAGACUAGAAGAAUUCUUUACCAAAAAUCAACAGCUGAGAGAGCAGCAGAAAGUCCUUCAUGAAACCAUUAAAGUUUUAGAAGAUCGAUUAAGAGCAGGAUUAUGUGAUCGCUGUGCAGUAACUGAAGAACAUAUGCGGAAGAAACAACAAGAGUUUGAAAAUAUUCGACAGCAGAAUCUUAAACUUAUCACAGAGCUUAUGAAUGAAAAGAAUACUCUACAGGAAGAAAAUAAAAAGCUUUUUGAACAGCUGCAGCAGAAAAUUGAGAAUGAUCAACCACAUCAGGCAACCGAUCUUGAAUCUGAGGAAGAUGUUAUUCCAGAUUCACCAAUAACAACCUUUUCAUUUUCUGGUGCUAACCGACUACGAAGGAAGGAGAACCUCCACGUCCGAUAUGUAGAACAAACACAUACUAAACUGGAGCACUCUGGGUGUGCACAUGAAUUGAGAAAAGUACCAAAGUCUUCAACUCAUCCACAACAUAAACAUAAUGAACCUGAAAUUCUAGUGGCUGACACUUAUGAUCAGAGUCAAGCUCCAGUGGCUAAUACACAUGGAAAAAGCAGUUAUCCUCCUGAUAAUUUAGCUACAGUUGUUGCUGAAACACUUGGACUUAGUGUUCAAGAUGAGUCUGAAUCUCGAGGUCCUAUGAGCCCUCUUGGUGAUGAGCUCUACCACUGUCUGGAAGGAGAUCACAAAAAACCUUUUGAGGAAUCUAGAAGAAAUAGUGAAGAUCGUUUAAGAUUUUCAGAUUCCAAUUCAAAGACUCCUCCUCAAGAAGAAUUGACUACUCGGGUAUCAUCUCCUGUAUUUGGAGCUACCUCUAAUGUGAAAAGUAGUUUAGGUUUGAAUACAAGUUUGUCCCCUUCUCUUUUAGAGACUGGGAAAAAAAACCAUCUGAAAACAAUGCCUUUCAGCAACACUUCUAAUUCUAGAUCAGAGAAUCCUAGAUCAAAAUCUGAAGAUGGUGCCCUUUUCACACAUCAUGAUAUUGGGGCUGAAGUGAAGAAGAUCACUAACCAGUCAUCUUCUAAUAAGCAGGUGCUUAUAAAUAAAACUACAAGUGAACAGGAUAGUAUUGAUCACAUUAAAGAUACUGUUACUGAUAAAGAUAAACAUGUGGUACCCCUGAAAUCACUGGGAGGCCGAACCAAAAGGAAGAAAAUCGAGGAAGAAAGUGAAGAUGAAGUAAGCUGCCCCCAAGCCUCCUUUGAUAAAGAAAAUGCUUUUCCUUUUCCACCGGAUAGUCAUUCUUACAUGAAUGGAGACUAUGUGAUGGAUAAACCUCUGGAUCUGUCUGAUCGAUUUUCAGCUAUUCAGCGUCAAGAGAAAAGCCAAGGAAGUGAGAACUCUAAAAUCGGAUUUAGGCAAGUGACUCUCUAUGAGGUUUUGAAGCCUGUUCCAAAGGGCUCUUCCUCAAGCCGUAAGGCCUUGAGUGGGAGCUGUGGGUUAACCAAAGAUUCCCCAGAAGAGCCCAGCAGUUUACAGGAGUCCCUCCAGUCCUUGAGUAAAUCUCCGGAUAAUAAAACACUGUUACAAAUAAAGGAAGAAAAUUCUAUCUUUAAAAUCCCUCUACGUCCACGUGAAAGUUUGGAGACAGAGAAUCUUUUUGAUGACAUGAAGGGUGCUGGUUCUCGUGAGCCUAUAAAAGUAAAAACCAGGUCAGUCCAUGGAGCAUGUGAACUUGCAUCAGUUCUUCAGUUAAAUCCAUGUAGAAUUGCUAAAACAAAGUCUCUACAAAACAACCAAGAUGUAUCCUUUGAAAACAUCCAGUGGAGUAUAGACCCAGGAGCAGACCUUUCUCAGUAUAAAAUGGAUAUUACUCUAGUAGAUACAAAGGAUGGCAGUCAGUCAAGAUUAGCAGGAGGCGAGACAGUGGACAUGGACUGUACAUUGGUUAGUGAAACUGUGCUUUUAAAAAUGAAGAAUCAAGAGCAGAAGGGAGAAAAAAGUCCAAAUGGAGAAAGAAAAAUGAAUGAUAGCUUGGAAGAUAUGUUUGAUCGGACUACACAUGAAGAAUAUGAAUCGUGUUUGGUGGAUAGCUUCCCCCAAGUAGCAGAUGAAGAGGAGUCGUCAACUGCUACAAAAAAACCAAACUCUCCUGGUGAUAAAAAAGAUAAAGUCAAACAGAAAGCAUUUGUGGAGCCAUAUUUUAAAGAUGAUGAAAGAGAGACUAGCUUACAAAAUUUUCCUCAUAUUGAGGUAGUCCGGAAAAAAGAAGAAAGAAGAAAAUUGCUUGGACACACAUGUAAGGAAUGUGAAAUUUUUUAUUAUCAGUAUUAUGCAGAUUUUCCAGCAGAAGAAAGAGAAAAGAAGUUGGCUUCCUGCUCAAGACACCGAUUUCGCUACAUUCCACCCAACACACCAGAGAAUUUCUGGGAAGUUGGUUUUCCUUCCACUCAGACUUGUAUGGAAAGAGGUUACAUUAAAGAAGAUCUUGAUCCUUGUCCUCGUCCAAAAAGACGGCAGCCUUACAAUGCAAUAUUUUCUCCAAAAGGCAAAGAGCAGAAGAUACAAAUGUUGAAGCAAAAACAGGAGAGAUGACAAUAUUCUUUUUAUUUAUAGUUAAAGUUGGUAUUAAACAUUGAUUUUUUUGAUCUUCUGAAAACUGAUUUAUAAAUCAUUUUUCUAUUGAAAAUGUUUUGAAAUGGUAUUUACCCAUCACACAGACGACUAUUUAAAAAUGGAUAAGUUUAUGUCGUAUUUUCUUGCUUUUGCACCUUUAAAAUAAUAAGGUGCUUUUAUUUUGCACUCUAAGUUAAAAGUUGUUUAUUACUUUAUUUGGUAAUACCUAAUUACAAUUUUGAAAAUAUGA